GCGAGGUUCUUGACGGGAUAAGAAAUGUAACCAAUAUAAAAGUAGCGAUACUUUGUAGCCUACCAGUGCAUAACACUGUAUGCUUGCGUCUCACAUUGAGCCGUCAAGAGGAGUAUAGCCUAGAACCAGAGCUUCGCGGGGCACUGCGCUACAACAAGGUUACUGAAGUACAGCCAAAGAGAAGAAAAUCGGAGAAAUAUGCACAUGAUGGACCGCCCGGACUGUGGCAACUGAUACACGUUGCUCCAGUUUAGUGAUGCCAUCGAUGUCCAACGUCGUGUGAAAUUCCGGUGGUAAAUUGGGAAGCAUCCGUAUCCGGACACAGGAGAGGAAGGAUUUCAGCGCCACUAUUCUAAAACAUAAAGGAGCCCAUAUUAGAUCUGGAUUAAUACAUCGCAUUAAUAUUUUACAACGACAUGAGAAAGAACACAUCUCCUGCUUAAUAAGAUGUAUCCACACCAUCGAGAAAGGGAGCAACCGAUCUUCAGCGCCAGGGCCCAUGUGUUCCAGAUCGACCCGAACACCAAGAGGAACUGGAUCCCUGCCAGUAAGCAUGCCGUCACCGUCUCCUUCUUCUACGACGGCAACAGGAAUGUGUACCGCAUCAUCAGCGUGGGCGGUACCAAGGCCAUUAUCAACUGCACGAUUACACCCAGCAUGACGUUCACCAGGACCUCGCAGAAGUUUGGCCAAUGGGCGGACAGCAGGGCCAACACGGUCUACGGCCUGGGCUUCGCUACAGAGCAGCAGCUGCAUCAGUUUUCUGAGCGGUUUAAGGAGGUCAAAGAGGCUGCCCGUCUUGCACGUGAAAAGUCCCAGGAUAAGAUGGAGUUGGCCAACACAGCCCUCAGCAUUGCUGCCCCACAGGACCUCAGCGAUGAGCUCCAGUCGCCGCCGGUGAUGUGUGUGAACGGUCCUGAGGACAAGAUGUUCCGGAGCCAAAGCGCAGAUAUCACACUGUCUUCUGAGAAGGAGCGCAUUAAAAAGAUGCUUUCUGAAGGGUCUAUCUGCGAGAUGAACCUGGAGGCAGAGCUCUUCACCCUGCAGGACAGUAACUCCAAGCUGGUGGCGGCGCUACAUGAAGCUAACAAUAACGUGGAGCAGUGGAAGAAGCAGCUAGUUGCCUACCAGGAGGAGACCGAGAGGCUACGAGACCAGGUGACUGAUCUGGAGGCACAUGGCGGACACGGCCCUAGUGACACACUCAAAGACGAGUUGACUCGUUCUCUGGAGGAACUGGAGGCCCUGCUCAAGGCUAAAGAUGAGGAAAUCCACAUUCUGCAGCACAAGAAAGAAGAAUACCAUGAGAUGGAGCAGGAGAGAGAAGAGGCCAUACACCGAUUACAGGAGAUGGAGAUGCGUAACCUGGAGUUGGAGCGGCGGGUGCAGAACGUGGAGCAGAACCUGUCCGCCUCCCUGGAGGAGCGGGACCGCACGGAGAGUGAAGUGCAGAGGGCCAUCGAGAUCCUGGACGUCAAGAUAUUUGACCUGAAUGACCUUCGGCAGAGCCUGGUCAAGCUCAUUGACAAAUAGUGUGAAAGAGAAGAGGAUGGGUCUCUUAGGGAUGGCCAAAUGCAAAGAGAGGAAUUUGGAAAAGAGAACGAGCUGGUCCUCUCUUGCUGUAAAGCACAACACCACUUCUGCUGUGGGAAGAUGGCUGCUCUGGGUCCUUACAGCAGCAGCAGCAUCACUGUACAGCUUGUUAAGCGUAGGUUGUGGUGUUACCUAGGCAGUGUGUCUGCUAUGUCCGAUGUUGUGCUGUAAUUCAUGUUGCUGUCUUAACAUUCAAGGCAAUAAUCUAAAUGCUUGACUGUUCAUUUGAGAUUAGGAAUAUUGUCAUGAAUGAGAACAAUAAGGAGAUCAUUAGGUGCUUGUAGAUAUAGUUUUCAUACUUUUGAAAUCAACUGAUUUUAUACAAAAUUGGGAAUGUAAUGCUAUAAUGAGCAAAGUGGAUGAUCUGUUAAUUCUCCAGUGAGAUGAGAUAAAAAAUGGUUUUGAGAGAUCUUUCAGUGCAACCAAACUACGUAUUUGAAAAGAAGCAGUACACAAUGCAGAAAAUAUUUUUUAUUUAUUUAAAUGUGGUUGACAGCUAUCACCUCAUCCAAUUAGAAUACAACAAGAGAAUUGGUAUUGAAGAGGAAAAUAAAUUUGCCUAAUUGACAAA